UGCACUUCAGUGGUGGCAGCGCUUCAGGAUGGGCGGCAGGGACUGUGAAGCAGCCUCGGAGCCAGAGCCCUCUGCCUGUGCCUGCAUGGAGUCAUGGUGGGAAAUGGUCCUGAGGAACCUGCGAUUUUUCCCACGCUCCUGCUCAGCACUCGGGAGAAAAAUAGCUGCUGAAUACCAAAGCUUCACUAGUAAAUCGUUCGCGGAACACGUUCUCCCUCCUCUGAUGAAUAUGCUAAUAUAUUUUAAUUUUCUUAAAAUUCCCCUUGUGGAUUUAAAGAAACCCGAGUCACAGAUCGCUCACACAGUGAACUUCUUCCUCAGGUCUGAGCCUGGGGUACUGCUUGGCGUCUGGCACACAGUCCCCAGCUGCCGGGGAGAAGAGGCCGAGGGGAAGUGUCGCUGCUGGUAUGAAGCUGCCCUUUGUGAUGGGAACCCCGUUAUUGUUUAUCUUCAUGGCAGUUCCCAUAACAGGGCAGCUUCUCACAGAAUUAAGCUGGUAAAGGUGCUGAGUGAUGGCGGCUUCCAUGUGUUGUCUGUGGACUACAGAGGGUUUGGGGAUUCCACUGGGACGCCCUCAGAGGCUGGACUAACCACAGAUGCUAUUUGUGUCUACGAAUGGGCCAAAGCAAGAAGCGGUAGAACUCCCGUGUGUCUGUGGGGCCAUUCUCUGGGUACAGGAGUUGCAACCAAUGCUGCCAGAGCAUUAGAGGAGAGAGGAUGUCCAGCUGAUGCCAUUGUCUUAGAAGCCCCAUUUACCAAUAUUUGGGUGGAACUCCUCAACUAUCCUCUGCUAAAGAUUUACUGGAAGCUUCCAAGAUGUUUAAGAGCGGUUAUGGAUGCCCUUAAAGAAGACAAAAUCGUCUUCCCUAACGAUGAAAAUGUGACCUUCCUGUCCUCCCCACUUCUCAUCUUGCACGGAGAAGACGACAGGACGGUGCCUCUUGCAUGUGGGAAACAGCUCUAUGAAAUUGCACGCAGUGCCUACAGGAACAAAGACAGGGUCAAAAUGGUUGUCUUUCCUCCUGGCUUCCACCACAACCUUCUUUGUAACAGUCCCAUGCUGCUAAGAAGCGUAAGAGACUUCCUGAGGCAGCAGUGGGCAUGAGAGCUGGUAGCAGAUGUGGCUGCCUGAGCUGUGCGGUUCCUUCAUGCAAGAUUACAUUGGGCUCCUUGGAGGAGCUGAAGCCUUCGACUCUUCCACAGGUCACCUGCCAUUUGAAUAAAGAAAGCUGU